CUCCAGGGUUCAGAGUUGAAUCUCGUAACUUACAACUGAGCGACAAAAUAGGUAGGGAGCUGGCCUCCGUGAAAGGUAAAUAAGUGGAAGCCCUGGCAAGUUCGACAUAAAAAUAACUUCAUUGUCAUUACGGUUAAAUCCGAUCGGACAACUGGACAAUGUUUGCCGAAUAAGAACCCAUCACGUCUGGUGUUUUGUCGUGUUGUUAUCGAGUUCCAGCAAGGUAAAAGCCACCGAGCUAGCUUGCUAGCUAGCCAGUCAGCUAACAUGUUUGUGCAGGAGGAAAAGAUAUUUGCUGGGAAGGUACUGAAGAUUCAUGUCUGUACCAUGGAAGGGACGGAAUGGCUGGAAGAGAUAACCGAGGAUACUACAGUUGAAAAACUCAAAGAGAAUUGCUUAAAACACAAUGCACACGGAAGCCUGGAGGACCCAAAGGCUGUGACACAGCACAAACUCAUCCAUGCUGCUUCAGAGAGAGUACUUACAGACACCAAAACCAUAGCAGAGGAAAAUAUCAAAGAUAAAGAUGUUUUACUGUUGGUCAGGAAGAGGCCCCCACCUCCCCCACCCAAAAUGGCAGACAUAUCGGGAGAAGAGAAGAAGAAGCAGGAGAACAAGGCUCCGGACAAAGAAGCUAUCCUGAAGGCCACUGCCGGCCUCUCCACCCGCGAAACCGACCGCACCGUCGCCCAGCACAACAUCCGAGACUUUCAAACAGAACUCAGGAAGAUCCUUGUCUCACUUAUUGAAGUGGCACAGAAGUUGUUGGCUAUGAACCCUGAUGCAGUAGAACUAUUCAAGAAAGCCAAUGCCAUGCUGGAUGAGGAUGAAGAGGACAGAGUUGACGAGACGGCACUUCAUCAGCUGACUGAGAUGGGCUUCCCAGAGAGCCGGGCGAUCAAGGCACUGCGUCUGAACCACAUGUCCGUGACGCAGGCGAUGGAGUGGCUCAUCGAGCACGUGGACGACCCCACGGUAGACACCCCGCUGCCGGGCCAGGACGCCGCCGCCAUCGGAGCCGCCGCCAUCGGAGCCGCCGCCGCAGCCCCCCCCGAGCCCUCCAUCGCCGCGGCAGCAGCUGCCGCCGCCGCCGCCCCACCCCUGCUCCAGAGGCUCUCCUCCCAGUCCAGCACUGAGGACUCCAAGCCGGACGAGCUCACCGAGAUCUUCAAGAGGAUUCGCAGAAAAAGGGAGUUCAGGCCAGACUCACGGGCGGUGAUUGCGCUAAUGGAGAUGGGCUUUGAUGAGAAGGAGGUGAUCGACGCCCUUCGUGUGAAUAACAACCAGCAGGAUGCCGCGUGUGACUGGCUCUUGGGAGACAGGAAGCCCUCCCCGGAGGACCUUGACAAGGGCAUCGACACCAACAGCCCCCUCUUCCAGGCAAUAUUAGAGAACCCUGUUGUACAGCUGGGCCUCACAAACCCCAAAACACUGCUAGCCUUUGAGGACAUGCUGGAGAACCCGCUGAACAGCACCCAGUGGAUGAAUGACCCUGAGACGGGUCCCGUCAUGCUCCAGAUCUCUAGAAUCUUCCAGACGCUUAACCGCACGUAGGGCCUGGCUACUCCGGGAGGAAGGGCCGAGCUGCUCUCUGCCUCACUUUGUGAGGGAGUGGUGUGUGUGACGACUGAUACCUCCAUUUGCCUUGCAGAACUGGGGCUCGCAGGAGGAGGAGUGUGUGUGUGAUGAGUAGUGGAAGUAGGACUGCUAGGGGUUCCACAAAGACUCUUGCUCUCGCGCUUGCUCGCAAUUCAUAUAUAUAUAUAUAUAUAUGUAUGUAUAUAUAUAUAUAUAUAUAUAUAAUGUAUUCAUAUAUAUAUAUGUAUAUAUACAUAUAUAUAUUAUAUAUAUUCAUAUAUAUGUAUAUAUACAUAUAUAUGUAUAUUCAUAUAUGUAUAUAUACAUAUGUGUGUGAGUAUAUAUAUACAUAUAUAUAUAUAAAACAAAGGAAAAUGCUUGUAAAAAACAAUGUAAACUAUCAAUUAUUAUUGUUUUUUGUUUUUUACAUUUUAACAAGAAACAUUUUGAGUUAUAAUAGAUUUUUAAUUAAAUGUCACUCUGUCAAAAAAGAUGACAGUAGGUCAUCAAACAAAUGUUUACACUUCCAGAAAUGGCUUUGUUUUUUUUUUUUUGUUUAAGAUAUUUAAAGUAUCUCUCUGUGGCAACUUUGUUUCUCUCACAAUCAUACGUAUGUUGUGAGGGGUGAAUGUGUUUAUUUCUGUCACAGAACACGUCUCCUGUUUAGCACCGUCUCGUGUGUGUGUGUGUGUGUGUGUGUAAUCGUAUAACACCAGUUUGCAUGUGAAGUGGUGGAGAUUCAAAGCAGACGUGAGAAAGGUAAAUGAUUGAUCUCAUUUCGUCUGUAGAAUUCAUAGAUGCUCCAGCAUUCAGAAAAGCAAAAUGAUCAACAGUGGAGUUCCAUAUGGCAAGUAAAAGUGGAUUAAGAUGUCAUGUUGGGCAGAAGAAAACUGGUCCCACCACAUACUGGUCUUUCUACCCUAGUUCAUAUGGCACUCAUUUGGUACUGUAAAUGUACUUGGAAAUUGCAGUGACGUAUGGUUACUUGCUUAAAAGCUGUAUGUAAACAGCCCUGACCAGCUCUAGGCAUCACACAAAUAACCAAACAAAAGCCCAAAUACCCAUUUAAUUAAGCUUGAGACAGGAACUAGUCUUUGAAACUUCACUGUUGUUUGCCUUUGCUUGGUGAAUACACCAUUAAAACCUGGGAGCACCAGUACUAAUAACGAUGUGGCCCCACCCAUUUAUACAGCUAAGUGGGAGGAGUCCGUAGGUGUGGUACAGUGGAAGGUGCUUUGGAGUGUCAUUGCCAGUCAGAGUCUGAGCCAUGACAUUUUAAGUUUUGCUUCUUGAACUAUUUAUUUAAUUAACAAGCCUUACCUUUUAGAUGAUUUAAGUUGUUUUGUGUGUCUUUUUAUAUAGAUUUUAGGUCAUAGGAUUUGUUUUUGCAUUGUCUGAACAAUUCCUCACUACAAAGACCAUUAGCUAGGUCAUGAAUGUCCACGUUCUACCACUGUCCUCUAUGGCAUGCUGUUUUUUGUGUUUCUGUCCUGUGCUGUCAUGUCUGGGAGUCAAAAAUCAUUUUAUUUACAUGAGAACGCUUUUUCAAGAGUGACUCUGCAAGGUGUGCAGGAGGUAUGGGGAAUUUGCCGUUUAUGGUAAAUAAACCCUAACUUACUAUACAGAUUUCAUUUGAAAUAAAAAAAAAAGAAAAAGGAAAAUGGUUAAGUUAAAUUGAAUUUUAUGAUUUGGAGCAGUGUUUCCUGUUACAUCAGAAAUGGGAAAAUGUGUGUUUACCACAAGGUUAUGGGAAUACGUACCCAUAUUUUGUGUCCCUUUCACAGCUAUAGACUGUGCACAAGUAGCAUAUUGCACAUUCACUUUGACUGUCCACUGACCUGUCAUUGGUGUUAAUUAGCUCUCUUAGGAGGUAGAAGCUCAGAAUUCCUGUGCACCACAUGCUCUAUCAGUAUAGAAAUGAGAGUGGAAGUCCUGGAUGAAUGUUUAUGAAACCAUAGAGAGGCAGACAUCCUCCUUCCUCCUGUUCAUGUUGAUAUAGCGCGAGUAUUAUUCAGUGUGUUUUGUGCAUAGUGCCUGCAGUACCAGGUGCGUUCCUGGUGAUACCGCUCUCUUACCUGAGAAGACUGCAUUUACCAGCUUCAGUGUGGAGAACAAAGGCAGCUGGAAAAGCUGAGGUUGGCUUAACCAUUAAAAUUUGUAUUCCUCAGGUGCUCUGGCACCCUA